AGGUUGUCCCGUGACGCAAAGGCGCGCCCCUCUUCAGUCAUGACAAAUUGUUGUUUUCUCAGACGGUCGCGGCCAACGCCAAUUCCAGCCAUCCAGCCAUGUCGUCAACGAGAACGGGUUUCUACCUCCCCAUUGCCCAUCCGGAUCCUUGGGUGAUAAUCUUCUCAACAUCGUGGAUGGGCAAGAUGUCAGCUAUAAAUACGUCGCCUCGUCUUCCACUUUUCUCGAGGGUCCUCAUCUCGUGAGCACCUUGGUCGCCUUCAGUCUCUCCUUCUCUCCAAUCAGCAUUCUCCAAUACCCUCCAAAUUCUCCAUCCAAUUAUUGCCAGAAUGCCUUUGUCCGGCCACUGCCUGUGCAAGGCUGUCACCUACACUGUGGACGUCGACGCACCCCUCAUCGUGGGGUACGAUCAUUGUGACGACUGCCAGCGUCAAAGCGGGUCAACCUACUCUCUAGUUGCCGUUGUCCCCAAGGACAAAUUGACGGUCAAUGGACCCCUCAAGAAGUGGUCUGGAACAGGAUCCUCCGGCCAUGCGGUGCACCGUCUCUUCUGUUCGGAUUGUGGUUCACCCAUCGCGCACGAUCCCGACGCGGCCCCAGAAAUCAUCGCCCUGAAAGCUGGUACUUUUGACACCGAAAUCAAGAAAAACCUCAAGCCGGACACCGAGAUUUGGACCGUUAGCAAGCUUCCUUUCUGCCAGGAGCACUUGGAGAAGCCUUUCAAGAAUAUGCCCGAGUAAGCAAGCACCGAAUGGAGGCUUCACAAAACAUGCUAUGAUAUGACGAAUAUUAUGCAAUGUAGUUAAUAAUGAAAC